AUGAUGCCUCCAAGCGUCUCUCUGGUGAAAUAUGAUACACCCAUUUUAGUAACAAAGAAUUUGGAUAAAAAGACCCCACGAGCUAAAUCGCUGAAAGGUGUUCAGCAAGCUAGUGAUUGCUCAGCAAUCCCGUGCCCACCAUCCAAAGGCAAACCCUGUGGUGGUGAACAGAAGACUAGCCAGCAGACAGAGGAAAUUUUGAAUUCUAUUCUACCGCCCAGAGAGUGGACUGAAAAUGGACAGUUGUGGAUUCAGCACGUAUCGAGCACCCCAGCGACUCGAUUGGAUGUGGUAAAUUUACAAGAGGAGUUGGACCGCCGUCUUCAGCAACGUCAAGCUAGAGAAACCGGCAUAUGCCCCGUGCGACGUGAACUUUAUAACCAGGUGUUCGAUGAACUUAUUCGACAAGUUACCAUUAAUUGCGCUGAAAGAGGACUUCUACUGCUGCGCGUACGAGACGAGAUACGGAUGACAAUUGCCGCCUACCAGACGCUUUACGAGUCCAGUGUUGCUUUUGGUAUGCGAAAGGCGUUACAAGCGGAGCAGGGAAGGGCAGACAUGGAGAGAAUGAUUGCUGAUCUAGAACAAGAAAAGCGAGAUUUGGAAAGACAAGUUCAUGAGCUCAAGACAAAAUGUGAACACAUUGAGAAGCGUGCGGCAGAACAAAGACAACUGGAGGAGAAGAAACACCAAGAGGAAAUUCAGUUUCUGAAGCGAAAUAACCAACAGCUCAAGGCCCAGCUAGAUGGAAUCAUGAAUCCGAAAAAGUGAUCCACUAAACCGUGUGAAGAGAAGAUCGAAAAUGGAUGGUAUGGUAAAAGCAGAUACCACAUUUAUCAACUUAUAUUUGCGUGUGACAAUCAAAAAGAAACAAUCUGAAAUCAAAUAUGUAAGCCCAUUGGAGAAAAUCCUCUAAAAUUCCAACUUAUUGUUUUCUAUUUUUGACAUGUGAAUAAGGGUAGGGUUUGAGGAGCGGAACUUAGCAGAUCUGUUUGAAGACAACCGAUGGUGUGCAGUUCAUAGACUGAAG